GCGGAAGCGAUGCGCUGAAAAACAGUUGCAUGCGGACGUAGCGCUAAUGAAGAAGCACAUCGAGUUUGACACUAGACUGGUCUAGGUUAGACUAGUCGAACUGGCCUGCCCUUGCGGUGGAUGACACUAUCGAGACUAUGUACGUACUGUGUAAUCCGUAGAGCUGCCGUUAUCUUGUCUUACCCAUAAUAAUAUGUACCAUCUCGGUGUAAUAUGUACGUUACGGAUGUAUGUACCUACUGGGUCGGUCUUGGUCAUGGCCUUUGCCAAGCUGCGGGAACUGGAGAUGAGAUUGAAUUGACAGCGAGGCUGACGAUUCAAUUGCCCCACCAAAACUUGCGUCUCCUCCGUUGGAGCUUUCCGUCAUCAAGCUCCGAAAGCCUCGUUCGCGAUCAACAACUGAGAUAUUGGCAGUUGAGAGCAGCUUUUGUCGCCCUACGUCCCGCCUGCCGUCGAUUCAACCAAUCUACUGACUCAGCACCAUGCUGCCUCUCGGUCUGCUCAAUGCGGCGCAAGGCCACCCGAUGCUGGUCGAGCUCAAGAAUGGCGAAACACUCAACGGUCACCUAGUUCAAUGUGAUACAUGGAUGAACUUGACGCUGAAGGAGGUGGUCCAGACCAGCCCGGAGGGUGACAGAUUUGUGCGACUGCCCGAAGUCUACAUAAAAGGCAACAACAUCAAAUAUCUCAGAGUACCAGAAGACAUCAUUGACAUCGCCAAGGAGCAGCAGCAGCAGCAACAAGGACAGCAUGGAGGCUUCAGAGGCGGGCGCGGUGGUUCGAGGGGAGAUCAUGGCGGCCGCGGAGGGGAGAGAGGUGGUCGGGGCGGUCGAGGCCAAGGCAGAGGCAGAGGUCGUGGCCGUGGCGCUUGACCGCAUUUCGACUGCACAAGCAUAAGUCAACAAGAACAAUCAGGGCUCUCUGACAAAAGCGCGCCCAACAGAUAGGGGCUGAUGCAAUUAUGACUCAUGCCGUCGAUCAAGUGCCUGCUGGAUAUCGGAGCGAGGAAGAUGCCUGAUCCGCACCAAGAAUACCAGCAGAUCCAGAGAGAAAUGGAGCAAGCUUGAAGACGCCUGUAUGCAUAAGAGACCAUGAGGUCAAUGGCUUUGCGCAGGCAUUCGGGUUCUGAGCAAGACGAAGAAGAAGAAGAAGAAGAAGAAGAAGAACAACAACAACAACAACACGACAAAACACUCCUAGGUUGUUCAACAAAGCGUAAUAUUGAG